AUGGAAUAUCUAAGUGAUCAGCUCAAUAAAUGUACGAGUGAUAAGCACAUCUACAAGUUCUUAUUUAAAAUUAGGGCUAAUUUUAUCAAUAAUGCUGCAGAUAUCGAUAAAUUGUUGAAGCAGAAAUUCGUUGGACAUUUAGCAACAGUUCUAAGUAAAAGGGUUGAAAAGAACUUCCAGUCAGAGGAAAAUAAUAAAAUCAUAGAUGUUUUGUUAUCAAUCUUAGCUAAUUGCACUUAUAAUAACAAAACUGCCACAAAUCAGGUUUACGAUGCAAACAUCAUAGAAAGUUUGAUGACAAUUAUUAAUAAGAGCGAAAAUGGGAUAUUGAUGGCCAAAACGUGCAGACUUCUUGGUAAUUUAGUUCAAAAAAAUGAGAAACUUGGAAUAAGUUUUGAGCAAGCUGGAGCUGCUUUAAGUCUAUCGAAUUGCUUGUCUGAAAAAAGCAUAUCAAUGUUAAGUACCAUGAGUUUAAGAGCGUUACGAUUGAUGUGGAUCUCGAGAAGGAAGUUUCGAUUUGAAAUUUUGUCAUUAGGUACAAUUUUUAAAAUAAUCUCAUGCCUUCGUAAUACUUUAAAAAGUGAGUUUAAAAAGGAUGCAAAUGAAGUUGAAGCAGUCCCAUCAAAUAUGGUAAUCCUUAAAAGAGACAGCGAACCCGACCGUUUAAUCUCAAAACAAAAGUUAUCCAGUAUUUUGACAAAGAUGGAAACACAAAAUGUAGAAACGAAAUACGAAAUAUUAAGAACCGAGAAAAAUAAUUAUGAGUUUGCAAUUCCAACAUCAAAAGACAAUAUAGAACUUAUCACUGGACUUUUAAAACUGCUCCUUACAGUUACAGGAACAUCAUCGUUACUUACACAAAUUGCCAAAAAUGUUUAUGCUGAUGGCUUAGGAAUCGAGUGCUUGCUAUAUCUAAUCGAAGAAUCUCCAAAAUUUCGUGGAUCUGCUUUAAAAAUUUUGUCCAAUCUUUCCUUCAGCUCAAAUUCACAAGAAUAUCUCGGUAUAAACAAUGAACUAAUACCGACUAUAAGUAGCUUAUUAAUGAAAUAUGAGACAUUGGAAUUAAAUGAACAAAGGAAUUGCCUUGAAAUUUUAUGCUUAUCGACAGAAAACUCAUGCAACAGACUAAAAUUAAAAAGAAGCGGUGUCUUUAAGAUAUUGCUGUCUAUAGCAUCUAAUUCAAAGAUCCGAGAAGAAUUGAAUCUCCUAAUUUUUGCAUUCUUUCAAUACCGCUACGAUGAAGAUAGUCUAAACUUGUUGAUCCAACUCAAUCUAAUUAAUGUUUUAAUGAAAGUCAUUAAUGACAUAAUUGAAAAUAAAAAGGUGGAUCACAUAAAAGUCGAUGAUUCUGAUAAGGAUCGAAAGGAUGAACAAAAGACUAAACAUCAAAGAAAAAGAAUUAGCACUGAACCGUUACAAUUUGGUGGAUAUACUAAAUUUAUGCGUUUCGAAUCGAAUUCUCCAUCAAGCAGCGGAUAUGGGAGUUAUCAAUACAGCCCUAGUCGUUCCUCUUCAGACGGCUUUUCGCCAUAUAAUUCACCACAAAGAUGCUAUCAAGAUUAUAACUCAGAUUCUAAUGAAUAUUCGCCUGUUUGUAGUGAUAAUGAAGAAAAUAGUGAAACAUCUAAAAAGCAGGAUAAAGACUUUGAUAUUCUUGAUUUUAUUUAUAAUAACGAUGAAAUUGGUCGAUAUGAAGUAAACGAACAGCAAAAAGAUAUUGGAGAAAUUGAAGAUGAAACAACAAGUUUAACAUUAAAUGAUCAUGAUUCGGAUGACGAAAGCGGCACAAAAAUGGAAAUACAUCAAAGUAGUAGCAGUAAAAAUCUUCCUGAAACACUGAAGAGCAUUGAAGCAGAUAACUUGCAAUAUGUUUUGCUACUAUUGUGGAAGGUUUCCAUAAAUCAUAACGAUGCUUUAGCAUUUACAAACAUAAAAAACUUAUCAAUAUUAAUUAGAGUAUAUGGCUUAGUCAAAAAGCCACAUGAAAAGAUUUAUCAAAUUUUGCAAAAUAUUUUAGAGCAAACUAGGAAUUUCGUUCCGAUUUUUAUACGACAAGAUUUUGUAUUUCAAAUUUAUGACACAGCCAAUACAGAUUUUAAUCAUUUAAAGUGUUAUUCCUGUGAUAAAAUGAAAGUAACGGGAUUUCAGUUGCUGAAGGAUUUUCGAAAGGUUGCAGAAGGAGGCUAUGGUCAAGGACAAAUUGCAGAUAUUUUAUUGCAGGAUCAAAUUGAGUUAAAAAGAAAGGUUGCCACCAAACUAAUAUACGUUAUAUCAUCUCCUGAAAUUCUCAAUAAAUUUCUUUUUAAUUUCGGUGCUUUGGAUAUAAUUAUGGAUACUAUUUAUAGCAAUGAUGAGGUCCUAUCAGUGGCUGCCUGCAAUGGAAUCACAAUUUUAUCAAAUAAUUUAAACAUUCGAAUUCCGUCAGAAGAUGACGUAUUCCAAAGAAUCAUUCCUGAUGAAUUUGAAUUAGAAAACUCGGAAAAAGAAGAUUCGAGCAAUGAACAAGUUAAAUUUAUAUUGAAAGAUGGAGAUGCAUUGUUUGAUAAAGACCUUCUAAUGGCUUCAAGUGAGGUAUUUAACUCCAUGUUUUCGGGCGAUUUUAGAGAAUCUAAUAAGAAUGAAGUGAAAUUUCCUAACUACACUGUUUUAGGAAUGAAAUAUUUCUUUCAAUUGGUUAAAAUGAGCAAAGAAAAUAAACUAAAACCCAUUGCACCGAAAAUUGAUAAUAUGGAUGUAGUUCUUCAAGCAUACGAGUUGUCAAUUCUUUACAUCAUGACAGAUAUACAGCAGCCUCUUCUAAAUAUUAUCAAAGUCAUUCUGGAUGAAACUAAUGUCAAAAGAAUUUUCGAAUGGUCUAUAAGAAACAUUAAUCAGGACCUUCUUAUUUCAUCCAUAUGCUAUUACUUGUGCGGUGCAAUUGACGGAAAAACGAAGCUGAAGCUAUAUCUUGAAGUUAAAGAAUCACAAUAUAGCAAGGAAUUUAAAGACCUCAUAUUUGAUUGUAUUUUAAUGAAAUGUAAACCUAUUGACGAUUAA